GCAACAGCAGCCGUCCCCAUGGCUGAGGAAAGCAAGUGGGGAUCGCCCCUGCCAGCCGACAAGAUCCUGGUCUUGGUGUGGAUCUACCUGGUGACCCUCUCCCUCAGCCUGCUGGGCAGUGCCUCCAUUCUGGCCGUGGUCGUCCGCCGAGGACAAUGCUGCUGUGACCAGCUCCGGCCUCUCGUCCUCCUCUCACUCGCGGACUUCCUGGGCGCUGCGGUGCUGAUCCCCACCAUGGCCGUCCACCUCCUUCCCACCCAGCAUUUUGGGGCGGCCCAUGGCUUCUGCCUGUAUGGGAGGAUGUUUGGCAUGAUGUUCUACGCCAUCUCUCUGCUGAUGGUGCUCGUCUACGCCUGGGAAGUGAACCGGGCGGUCAGAGGCUGGAGAGUGACUCAGGACAACAGCUCCUGCUGCCUCAGGUUCCAGCUGGCUCUGCCCUAUACCCUGGCCUGGUUGCUCCCUUGCCUGGUAGUUCUGGCUCUGAUGGUGCUACGCAGCAGCGGGCCCCUGAGUAGCGAGGCCCUCCUCCAGCCUUUGCCCCAGGCAGGCCAUGACUCCUCGGGGGCCCCCAACCUCUCCUGCUCCAGCUGCCUGAUUCUCAUUCACCUCUCCCAGAAUUCCUGCUCUAAGACCCCCAGGCAGCCAGGCCCCCUUCUCUCCCCCCAGCACCUGGGCAAGGAGAGCAGCAUCUUCUUCCUGGCCUUUGUGGUCGUGGUGGUGUCCGCUUGCGUGGUUCUCUACUGCAGGGUGAAGAGGUGGCCGUGUCGGGACUGCCACGGGCUGCGGAGCGAGGGGGGUCCGGCUGGCAGAAACCGUGUCUCCCGCAGCUUCCAGCUGGUCCUCGUGCUCUGCUGGAUGCCCGCAUGCCUCCUCGUGGUGCUGUCAUUCACCGGCCUGCAGCUCUCCACCCUUUUUCCUCUCUUGGUGGCCACGGCCCUGACAGCCCCCCUCCAGGGCUUCUUGCACAGCCUGGUCUACGGCUGGUUGCGGGGCAGCUUCCGCCAGGAGGUUGCAGGCGAGCGGCUCCCACUGUAUUGCUCGCCAGACCUGAAGGCCACCUUCGACGACUCCUUGGCUGCGUCCGGCUACCCCUGGAAGCCUUCAGCUGUGCACGAAUAAAACAUAGGGACCUCGGAGGUCUUCUAGUCCAACCCCCACUUGAGCAGGAGACCCUGAACCACGUCAGACAAAUGGCUGUCCUUUAACGUUCUGCCAAAUAAAAUGUGCAGGGGCUAUAGCCCACGGCCUCUCUUCGAUGGGGGUGGCGGGCAGCCCUCUUGUUUUGGAUCACCCCUA